AUGAAGUAUAUUGUGGUUGUCUUGUUUGCAGUAAUUGCUGUACAGUUCAGCUGCUCAGCGCCAGCGCCUGAUGAUGAAAAGAAGGACGUACCAGCGGUACCAGUGGUUGCUGCAGCCGCAGAGAAUUCACCGUCACCAGCUGCUGUGGCCGAGGUGAAAUCUGCUGCACCGGAAUCAUCUCCAUCACCCAACCCCGAAGUGCCUGCCGCGGUUGAAGAGAAGAAGGCGUAA